CGCACACCGCGCAACUAGAGUCGAUUGCAAAACCUAAUCGAAUCCCGUCUCAGCUACACACAUCCCACCAAGAGCCAGCCCCUCGAUCGAUCCGUCACCAUCAGCUAGCGCCCUCUCUGUUUUCGAAAUGAAUUAGUUCAUCGGCAUCCAUGGACCAUGGCCCUGGUGGCGGCACAGCUGCUACCUGAUGGCGUCCUCGCCAGCGUCCUCCGGCAUCUCGCGCCGCGCAGCCUCGCCGCAUCUCGCUGUGUCUGCAAAAGCUGGCGUGCCGUCGUCGACGACUGGCGCCUGCUGCGGACGGAUCUCCUACCGCUAUCCCUCUCCGGGAUCUUCUUCAUGGAGGAGAUCUUUCCGGCCCUCCCGAAAUUCUUCGCGAGCCCGUCGAUAGAUGGCAAGAUCGCAGCCAGGCUCGACUACCUGGACACCAAAUUUGAGGGUUAUUUGCAUAUUAUGGAUCAUUGCAAUGGCCUUCUCUUGCUUUGGGAUCAACUGGUGGUCAAUCCAGCAACUCGACAAUGGGUGCGUCUGCCUCAGCCCCCUGCGCCGGGUUGGAGGAUUUCGCCGACGACAUGUGCCUUGCUUUCGACCCCACUGUGUCGCCCCAUUACGAGGUACUUCUUCUUCCCGAAGUUCCUCACAAGCUGGGUUCCAUGACAGUAUUCACGGAGGAAUCAGAGUGGCCGCCUUCUUCGUAUACAAUAAGAGCCUUCUCUUCAAGGACAUGGACAUGGGAGGAGAGGGUGUUGGUCCGGAGAGGGGAGGCCGCAGGGGCCAUUGCUGAGAUGCACUCACCUAGGGCUAGGGAACCAGAGCAUCGCUAUGCCGUCUACUGGAAAGGAGAGCUUUAUGUGCACUGCCAAAAUGACUCCAUUAUGCGCAUAACCUUGUCGAAUGGCGAGUAUGAAGUUAUUAAACCGCCUACAAGCAUGGAUGAGUUUACAGAUUUUUAUAUAGGGAAAUCGAAGAGGGGGCUGUACUGUGCUUUAAUUUAUAAAGAUAGAUCAUACCGACUUCAGGUUUGGUUACUUAGUGAAUUGAGGGGUAAAAUGGAGUGGGGGUUGAAGAUUGACACCAGCCUUGUGCCAGUGGUGGCAAUGUUUUCUUGGUUGUCUCAUGAAGAAAAUUCCGGUCCGUGGAUCUUACAUGGUGGUAAUUAUGAUGGAGAUGGUAAAAAAGUGAUCGUGGAUGAUAAAUGUGAAUGGGACUUCAACAAUGGUAUUAUCCUUGAGGCAAGAGAUGGGGAUGAAUGUGACUUUGUGUCUGAUAGUAUUUAUUUCCUUGGAUUUCAUCCGUAUUAUGAGAUUGCCUUCUUGUGGGUAUCAAGAGCAAGAGUAGUUGCCUAUCAUUUGAGUAGCUCGAAAGUUCAAGACUUGGGCAUGUUACACGUACAAUGUGUAGGAGAUUCCUUUCCAUACACACCAUAUUGGACAGGAGAGUUAUUUGAAAAGCAUUAAUUUAUGUUCCCAGGGGUUUGCUUUCGGUGCCAUAUGACUUGUAACUUACAUUGGAUAUGGCUCCGUUGUUAAUCCCUUCCCCGCCAGGAUUCUGGACAAAACGCCGUCGAUUAGCUGGGAUCACUCUGGCAGAGGAUUCUUCCCCGCACACCUUGUUUGGUGCAUCCGGUUGCACAUUCUUCCUCUGCAUACUCUGUUUAUAUACAUUGACUUUUAUAUAUGAAAGCACAAGGAGCUGCAGUAGCAACUUGGUAAUACAAAUAAACUUUGUGCAAGGAGUUAGCAAAAUUACGAGCAUACUUGACAUUUUUCUGAAAACCUUUUGGUGGCACAGUCACAGGUUGCUUGGGCUGUUUUGUUCUGGGAACAAUCACAUUAUUUUAAGUGGCCGAAGAAAAUUAAUUACAGAAAACACUACAUCCCUUUCUAAUGAUUAAUUAUUUUCUGCACAAUACUUCUCAGCUUUAUCAUGUUUUUCUAUAGUCAAGCGUAUCUAAUGGUGUUCCUACAAUAUCAAGUGUUUGACCAGCUCGCUUUUAUGGACUGAAGUUGACAAGGAGAGGUUUAGGACAGUCACUACUUACUAGAGGAGCUCAUGUUCUCUCUUAAAAUUGUACUCCUUGCUAUUCUGAUACCAUUAAAUUUUAGGUUACAAUUUUUCUUACAAACUGUGUGCAUGCUCAGCUGUGGUGUCUUAAACAGGUGUCUUUUUAACGUUCAUGUAAAUCGGGCAGGAUACCAUUCUCAAUAGUGACUUCUGAACAAUCUAGUGACUUCUCAAGUUCCUGAACAAUCAUCUUGUGCUGUAUUUGGGGAGCGGAAACUUUUGUUGAGA